AUGUCGAACCUUGUGAAGCUCCAGUAUGAGGCCUUGAGACUAGAUGGAAAAAACUAUGAUGAAUGGGCCUUAGACACUACUCGCCAUCUAGAAUCUAUGAAACUGGGUGAAGUCAUUAAGGAAGGAAACAUGACGUCCCUGCAGGACAAAUCAAAGGCUACUAUUUUCCUUCGGCAUUAUAUCCAAGAAGGGCUACGAGCUGAGUAUAAGGAUAUAAAAGAUCCACUUCAAUUGUGGACUAAUUUGAAGGAGAGAUUUGAACAUAACAAAUUAGUAAUACUCCCAAUGGCUCAGUAUGAUUGGACUCAUUUAUGUAUACAGGACUAUAAAUCUGUCAGUGCAUAUAAUUCUGCUUUAUUUGGGAUUGUCUCCAAAUUAAGAACAUGUGGAGAGAAAAUAACUGAAGAAAAUAUGUUGGAAAAAACAUUCUCCACUUUUCACCCCUCCAAUAUGCUCUUGCAGCAGCAAUACAGGGAGCAUAACUUUAAGAAAUAUUCUGAAUUAAUUUCUUGUUUACUUGUGGCUGAGCAAAAUAAUGAACUGUUGUUAAGAAACCACCAAACUCGCCCCACUGGUUCCCAACCGUUCCCCGAAGUGAACGCAACGACUAGUAGUAAUAAUCAUGGGAGUGGGCGGGGUCUAGGUCGAGGUCAUGGGCGAAAUAACUAUCAACCCAGAGGUGGUCAUAAUAAGAAAUUUCAAUCGCCCCACCCAAAGUAG